UCUAUUACCUGUGGACAUGCGCUACAUCCACACACAGAGGAGUCUAUAAAGCAAGAUUCCAACCAACUAGAAGAUGAUGUUCUUCACAGAGUUUUACAGAAACACAAAACCUGUAUGAAGAACAGGUACGAGAGCUUAUUUGAGGGAAUCAAAACACAAGAGAACAGAACCCUCCUGAACAGGAUUUACACACAGCUCUACAUCAUAGAGGGAGAGAGUGAAGGGGUGAAUGAAGAACAUGAGGUUAUAAAGAUGGAGAAGACUUCAAGCAAAUACUUACAGGAAACUCCAAUCAACAGCUUAGACAUAUUUAAACCUGUAGAAGAUCCUGAAGAAGAAAUGGAAGUAGUGAACAAUACAGCUGUGAUGGUUAAUAUUGUCAGACGAAAUGAAAGGAAAGAAGAUAAAGGACCAAAAGAGCUUAGAACUGUGCUGACUAAAGGCAUCGCUGGCAUUGGAAAAACAGUCUCUGUACAGAAGUUCAUUCUGGACUGGGCAGAGGGAACAGCCAAUCAGGAGGUAGAUUUCAUGUUUGUGCUUCCAUUCCGAGAGCUGAACCUGAUUAAAGAUGAGCAGUACAGUCUUUACACACUUCUCUGCACUUUUCAUCCUGAGCUCAAAGACCUGGACUCUAGGAUAUGUGAUGGACGCAAAGUUGCUUUCAUCUUUGAUGGUCUGGAUGAAAGCAAAAUUCCACUGAAUUUUUCACAGUGUGAGAAAGUGUCUGACAUCACCAUGACAUCAUCAGUGGAUGUGUUAAUGACAAACCUUCUGAAAGGAGAGUUGCUGCCCUCUGCUCACAUCUGGAUUACCUCCCGACCAGCAGCAGCCAAUCAGAUUCCUCCUCAGUAUAUUAAUCGUGUGACAGAAAUUCAGGGGUUUAAUGAUCCGCAGAAGGAGGAGUACUUCAGGAAGAGAAUCAGUGACCAAGACCAAGCCCAGAAAAUCACCUCCCACAUUAAGACAGCGAGGAGUCUCCACAUCAUGUGCCACAUUCCCGUCUUCUGCUGGAUCUCAGCCACUGUGCUUCAGAGAAUCAUGAGACAGAGUAAUACAGAAAUCCCUAAAACUCUGACUGAGAUGUACUCCCACUUCCUGAUCACUCAGACCAACAUGAAGAAUGAGAAGUAUGAAGAGGAUCCUUGGAACUUGGAUUCAGUGAAAUUGCUGGAAUCUAACAGAACAAUGCUUUUGAAACUGGCUAAACUGGCUUUCAAUCAGCUGAUGAAGGGGAACGUGAUGUUCUAUGAAGAGGACCUGAGAGAGUGUGGUAUUGAUCUCACUGAGGCCUCAGUGUAUUCUGGGAUCUGCACUGAGAUCUUUAAGGAGGAAUGUGUGAUUUAUCAAAGGAAGGUCUACAGCUUUGUACAUCUGAGCUUUCAGGAGUUCCUGGCUGCUUUCUAUGUGUUUCACUGCUACCUAAGCAAGAACAUGAAAAAACUGAGAGAUUUUAUAGAACUGAACAGAAAAUGGCCUACAAUUGUCCCACUGCAUGAGCUCCUGAUACGAGUAAUGAGCAAAGCUUUAGAGAGUCCUAAUGGACAUCUGGAUCUUUUCCUCCGUUUCCUGCUGGGCAUCUCUCUGGAUUCCAGUCAAAAGGUCCUACAGAGCCUCCUGAUCCACACAGAGAACACCUCAGAGAGCAUAAGAAAAAUAGUGACAUACAUCAAAGACCUAAUCUCAACAGAAGAUCUUGCUACUGACAGAUGUAUAAACCUGUUCCUCUGUCUGACUGAAAUGAAUCGCCAGGAUUUACCCAGAGAGAUUCAGAAGUACAUAGAUUCAGAUGAAAGCUCAAAAAAGGAUCUGUCUGCUCUAGAGUGUAUAGCUCUGUCCUACAUGCUGCAGACCUCAGAGGAGGUGCUGGAAGAGCUGGACCUGAAGAAAUACAGCACAUCAAGAUUUGCUUAUAUGAAACUGUUUCCAGCUGUGAACAACUGCAGAAAGGCUCUGUGA